AUGACGCAACUGCUGGCAUUGUUUCUCAGCCGCGAUUUGUGUGACAUGUUAUGCGACAGUUUUUGGAAACAGUGUAUUUCAGUUGUAAGAAGAACUGUGAAGGAGGUCUCAUUGCGUGGGGAUUUGCCUAUGCCCCUGCUGGGGUAUGUCUCACGGGUAAUUGGCCCGUUUCUAAACACCGAUCUGCGGCACCAUAAAGCAGAGCUACACAUUGCUGUGAAUGGCAGUGAAGGUGGCUGUCUCAUUGGUAGGAACAUUAUUUUUUAUCUUGCGUUGCUUGCCAGCUUGAUAGUGGAAGUACCGGAUGCCGAGGUGAGGGCAUGA